AUGCCAACCGAAGAAGAGGAUAAAAGAAGAGAAGAAGAAUACACAACACAACAAGAAGAGGAGAAUAAUAACAUGUCAACCGAAGAAGAGGAUAAAAGAAGAGAAGAAGAAUACACAACACAACAAGAAGAGGAUAUUACAUUGAGAUCUGACAGGGAAACCAUAGGAGAGGAAGAGAAAACUCUUUCUAAAUGGGAGCUUUGUGGAGGACAAUUAAUGAAAAUGAAGCUGCGGAGAGUAUCGACUGUGGAGCAAAAUGAAUCAAAAUCUGAUAGCAGUUCUGAAGACUUAGAUGAUUAUGACAAGGACCCUGAUUUUAGUUUGACACCAUCAUCUACAUCUAGCUCAACAGAAGAUGUUGAACCUGAAAACAAAAUGAAUAAUAUGGAUGAUGAGAUGGAUAACAUGACAGAUAAGAAGAAAGGAGAGAAGUUAAUAGCAAACCGAAGUGAAUGGAAGAAAAAUAAAACAAAACUUCUUUGUAAUCAUGGAAAAGCUUAUAAAUCGGUUUCUAAUAGCAAAAACCAAAAUUAA